AUGAUCAAAAAUAUCAACAUAACUUAUCAAAACCCUAACACCACCCCAACUUGCACCCGGCGAUUCACCGACCCGGCCGUCGUCUUCUCCACCGGUGGCUACCUCGGAAACCCCUUCCACGACUUCACCGACGUGCUCGUCCCACUCUACUUGACCUCUCGACAAUUCAACACGACGGUAAUCUUCCUCGUAGUUGACAUGAAUCCUUGGUGGAUUUCCAAAUACAAACCAAUCCUAAACAUGUUGUCAAAAUACGAAAUUAUCGACAUGGCCAACCAAAAUGAGGUCCUAUGUUUCCCAAGAAUUAUCGCAGGGCUCAAAUCUCACAAAGUGUUAAGCAUAGAUAAAUCGAUUUCACCGAACUAUUCAAUCACUCACUUCACUAAAUUUCUCAAAACCACCUACGAAUUGGAGAGGGGGUUUGUCGGUGGUUGCAAGAACAAGAGCCGGCGCCCUCGCCUGCUCAUCAUCUCGAGGCAAAGGACACGGCGCCUGAGGAACGAAUACGAAGUGGCUGAGCUGGCACGAAGCGUUGGAUUCAACGUGAGCAUGAGGGAAAUGGGAGGGGAUGUUUCAUCGGUGGCGAGAUUUGUGAAUGACUUCGACGUUAUGGUGGCAGUGCAUGGUGCCGGAAUGACCAACAUGGUUUUUCUUCCCGAAAAUGCGAUUGUGGUGCAGAUUGUGCCAUUUGGUGUGGAGUUUAAUGCGAAGGAUUGCUUCGAAAACUCUUCGAGAGAUAUGAAUUUGAGAUAUUUGGAGUAUAAGGUGGAAGUGAGGGAGAGCUCGUUGGUUGAGAAAUAUGGGGUUGGGAGUGAGGUGUUUGAUCUUCAAAGUUUAUAUAAUAAGGGAUGGAAUGUUUAUCGUUCGAUUUAUUUGGAUGAACAAGAUGUUAGUGUUGAUUUGUUUAGGUUUAGUUCAACUCUAUUGGAAGCCAUGGAGCUUGUUUGUAAUAGUUAG